CUACAGUUUGUGCAUGCUGCAACGGCCAACCGCAGCUCCCUCGUGAUUCACCACCACCACCACCACCACCUUCCCGGAGCUGAAACCUUGGCCAUGCUAUUGUUACACGCAACGCCGACCUCAAGUAUAUCAUUCAGUCGCUGCUGUCUCCGCCUUCAGGGCGCAUCGAAGCACAAGCCGUCUAGCCUGGUAUCGUCAGCCUGGGCAACAAACACUGCCUUGAGUCGCACUUCUCCCCGAGGCCACAAACCAUCGCCAUCAUCCAGUGCCUCUUUUGCAUCCAUCACCACCACAACCACCACCAUGGCGCAGUCGACAUCCCCGACGGCAAGCAAGCCGGGCCUCACACAGCACCUCACCCUGCCAGACCACCACCAUGAACAAACCACCACCCCCACAACAACAACAACAACACCACGCCUCGUCUACGGCACAGCCUGGAAGGCCACGCAGACCGCCUCCCUAGUCCACGCCGCCCUGCGCGCGGGCUUCCGCGGGAUAGACACGGCCAACCAGCCGCGGCACUACUCGGAGGGGCUCGUGGGCCGGGGGAUCGCGUGGGCCCUGGCGGACGGCACGAUAAAGUCCCGCGCCGAGCUGUUCGUGCAGACCAAGUUCACGGGGCCCCAGGGCCAGGACAGGCCCGUCGAGCAAGGGGGCAAGGGAUGCCCUUAUUACCACGAGGAUCCGCUCGAGACGCAGGUGCGCAGCUCGGUUGAGGGGAGCUUUGUCAACCUGUUUGGCAAGGAUAGUAGUAGUAGUAGUAGUGAUGAUGAUGAUAGUGGGGGUGGUGGUGGUGGUGCCGCUGAGGGGACAGAUAUAGAGGUAGAGGCGGGCGCGACGGCGGCGGCAGCACCAGCAGCAGCGACGACAUAUAUCGACAGCCUGGUCCUGCACUCGCCGAUGCCAACAUACUCGGAGACCUUUGCGGUAUGGAAAGUCCUCGAGUCGUACGUCCCGCACCGGAUCCGCCAUCUGGGCAUCGCCAAUGCACCGCUCGAGGUGGUCGAGAGGCUAUACCACGAGACGACCACCACCACCACCGAAGGCGCAGGAGCGGGACUGUCCGUCCCGCCUUCCGUAGUGCAGAACCGCUUCUACGCGCCCACGGGUUACGACGCGGACCUCAGGCGGUUCUGCCGCGAAAGGGGCAUCGUGUACCAGUCCUUCUGGACCCUGACGGCGAACAACGCAGACAACCGCAUGCGCGGCAAGGUCGACCUCGUCGGGUCCAAGCCCGUGGCGAAACUGGCCGCGGCGUUCAAGAAUGGCGAGGUGAGCAGGGAAGUCGCAUAUUACAGUCUCGUCCUGGGCCUCGAGGGAAUCACGAUACUCGACGGCACGACGAGCGAGGUGCACAUGCGCGAGGACCUGGACGGUGUCGAUGCCGUCGGGAGGUUUGCAGCAAGCGAAGAGGGCAGGGUCGUGUGGGAGGAGUGUCUUGCUGAAUUCAAGGCACUCAUCGGCGAGGAUGACGAGUUUUAGAAAGGAAUUGUUGGCAUAAUCAGCUUGGUUCGCGGGGAAGGCAACGAGGAAGCCUGUCACGUCGAUUAUGGUGGCGCAAAAGCCAGACAGACACGUUGGUAUGCAAAUGCAAAUUAUAAGGCGUGA